AUGAAUCGUCAACGUCCAUCGCAAACAACAACUGUUCAGGAACUGCGAAAUAGAUGUGAAGAUCUCAUAUUAGUAUUAAGAGAUCCAUCUGCUGAUGUUGAAAACGAUCCAGCAGCGAAUUUGGUCAAAGAAACUCGAGAACGUGUUGAUGCACGAUUUAAUGAACUAUUAAAUGAGUAUCUAUCUUACGAUAAAGAAAAGGUGCAUCCAAUUCUGUUGCAAGCAUUGGAAGAAGCAACGGAUCAAGAAGCAUUUUUGAAGGCAUUUAUUUUAAGUUUAUAUUAUAAAGCAAAUCAAAUUGAAGAGCAACUCGUUUCACAGCAUCUUUCCAAUGAUGAAGAUGAAAGAUUAAGUUCAUUAAUGAUGAAUAAGACAAAAGACGACGAUAACAAGAAACAUGAACAAAAGAAGGAUGAAAAAGAAAAAGAUCAUCAUUAUUUUUCAAAUAUUAUUAAAAUCGUCAAAGAACGAAUUUUCUUUUAA